AUGCCCCUCUUUCCCCUCCGUCGCGUUCCUUUCGCAAAACCUGGACCUCUAUUCUCUCGGAUUUCUCCAGCUGUUCGUUCUCCUCUCUCCUCUCGACGCUUCUUCUACGGCUACAUCAGUGAUUCCAAAAUGGCGCCCCAGCUAGAGCCCUUUUUCAAACAGCGGUUGCAAUCCCAUCUAUCUCGGCGCAAGACGAGAACCGAGAGGAUGUCUUCCGCUGGAGCAACGACCAUUGGGCAAGCAGCCCGGCAAAGAGCAUCUCGAGCUCCCCCGGUAGUCAUUGCGCGAUACGGUAACGAUCCGAACAAGCGUACCAUCUUGGUCUAUGGACACUACGACGUGCAGCCCGCUCUGAAGGAAGACGGCUGGGCCACCGAGCCCUUUGAGUUGACCAUUGACGAGAAGGACCGUAUGUAUGGCCGUGGUUCUACUGAUGACAAGGGACCCGUUCUCGGCUGGCUCAAUGUUAUUGAUGCCCACCGCAAGGCUGGCAUUGAGUUCCCCGUCAACCUGCUAUGCUGCUUCGAGGGAAUGGAGGAGUAUGGAUCCGAGGGUCUGGAUGACUUUAUCCAGGCUGAGAGCAAGAAGUACUUCAAGGAUACCGACGCUGUCUGUAUCUCUGAUAACUACUGGCUCGGUACUGAGAAGCCUUGCCUCACCUACGGUCUGCGCGGCUGCAACUACUACUCCAUCAGCAUUUCGGGACCCGCCCAAGACUUGCACAGCGGUGUCUUCGGUGGCUCUGCCCACGAGCCCAUGACUGAUCUGGUCAACGUGCUUUCCAAGCUGGUUGAUCCCCAGGGUAAUAUCCUGAUUCCCGGUCUCAUGGAUUUGGUUGCCCCUCUCUCUGAAGAAGAGCAGACCCUUUAUCCAAACAUUAGCUACUCUAUGGAUAACCUCCACGAGUCCUUGGGUUCCGAGACAAGCAUCCACUCUACCAAGGAGCGCACUUUGAUGGCCAGAUGGAGAUACCCCUCUCUGUCUAUCCACGGUAUCGAGGGUGCUUACUCGGCUCCCGGUGCGAAGACCGUCAUUCCCGCUAAGGUCAUUGGUAAAUUCUCUAUCCGUACCGUUCCCAACAUGGAGAGCGCCGAUGUGAAUAAGCUGGUCUUCGACCACAUCAAGGCCGAGUUUGCCAAGCUGAACAGUAAGAACACUAUGGAUGUUUGGCUGCAGCACGAUGGUAAGUGGUGGGUUGCCAGCCCCAAGCACUGGAACUUCUCGGCCGCUGGCAAGGCGGUUCAGCAGGUGUUUGGCGUCGAGCCCGAUAUGACCCGUGAGGGUGGAAGCAUUCCCGUCACAUUGACUUUUGAGCAAGCCACUGGCAAGAACGUCUUGCUCCUCCCCAUGGGAAGUUCGACUGAUGCUGCCCACUCCAUCAAUGAGAAACUUGACAAGAGAAACUACAUUGAGGGCACUAAGUUGUUGGGAGCUUACCUGCACUACGUUGCGGAGGAGCCUACCACCGCAUAG